CCCGCGCACCGGCCCCGCCAUGGGAGACGCCGGCAGCGAGCGCAGCAAGGCGCCCAGCCUGCCGCCGCGCUGCCCCUGCGGCUUCUGGGGAGAAGCUCCUGCCUGGCAUAUUGAGCUGCUCCCGAAGGUCUAACCCAUAAGCAGUCCAGCAAGACUAUGAAUCUCUGUUCCAAAUGCUUUGCUGAAAAAAGAAAUCCACACAACGAAAAAGAUUUCCAGAAGAAGCAGCCAGAGGAUGACUCUACCCCCAGCACAAGCAACAGCCAGUCAGAUUUGUUCUCUGGAGAAACGAACAGUGACAACAGCAAUACCUCUCUAACCACGCAGGCCGCUAACCCCAACCAGCAACUUUUGACAGAACUGAAUGUAACUUCACCCAGCAAAGAGGAAUGUGGGCCAUGCACAGGUACAGCUCAUGCCUCAUUAACCACACCAACCAAAAGAUCUUGUGACUCAGAUUCACAGUCGGAGAGUGAGGCUUCUCCCGUGAAACGGCCACGGCUACUGGAUGACAGUAAUGACAGACCUGAAGAAACCAGUCGAUCCAAACAGAAGAGUAGACGCCGAUGCUUCCAGUGCCAAACAAAACUGGAGCUAGUACAGCAGGAACUGGGAUCAUGUCGCUGUGGUUAUGUGUUCUGUAUGUUACAUCGCCUGCCUGAACAACACGACUGCACAUUCGACCACAUGGGACGUGGGCGUGAGGAAGCCAUUAUGAAAAUGGUGAAACUGGAUCGGAAAGUAGGGAGAUCUUGCCAGCGCAUUGGCGAAGGAUGUUCCUGAGUGCAAGACUCUGCAACCAAAUGCUGUUCUCUUAGUUCACUAAUGUUAGCCUUAUUUAGGACAAAGUCAGCCAGACACCUUGUACUAGGCAAGUUUCAGACUACAGCCAAUCAGUUUCCUUUCUUUAGCCAACCGUCCUGGUACUGUAGUUUAGGGAUCGAUGGUGGUUGAAAUUGAUUUCUGGCUGGUUACUAAGGUGCCUGCUAGCCACUGUAUGAAAUUAAAACAUGAAGAAAUAUUGUUUUUGAGCAUGGCUAGUGGAUUUAACAAAACAAGAAAAAUCCAAAGGCUUCUGUUACUGCUGGAGUCACUCUAAAAGCCUUAUGCUGGAAACAUUCCAGCUGCAGAGUUAAAACAAAUAGUUGUAUAGAAGCUGGUGUAAAAGUUUGCUAUGCACAUGGCUUUCAGACAAACUGUUUAAUGUGCAGCCUUUCACCUCUUCAUCUCUAAUUAAUCCUGAGGAGGUGAAACACUACUAAGGGCAGCAACCGCAGCUGCUUAAGCCCAGAAGACCUGCUGGUCACUCGUGCCUUCAUCGCGUGUGGCUUUUGAGGUUAGGCAGUGUCACCAGCAUCAGGGAUUCUGUUGGGGUAGGAACAUCUUUCUGGUUCUUCCCAGGAAGCCAGAAAGAAAGGGGGACAGAGAUUCUUAUGAAAAAUUUUUAUAUCUAUCUUGCUAUAAAGAACCUAUCUGGGUUUUUUUCAGUUAAAUUAUGAUCUCACUUUAAAACCAACUUCAUCCCAGAGCAGUUAGUGGUGCGUACUUUUUACAUGGCAUCCAUAGAGUUUCUAAGAGUUGUGUGAACAGAUUCCACGUACAUUGUAUACACUGACCAGUGCAGCCAUUCCCACCGGCCGAAACCUGAUUGGCUCUUGUUUGCCUUUUGCUAAGUGCAGGUAUCUGAUAAUUGAUCAAAUAAGGCUAAUUCACAGCACAGUAGCCAUGGCUGGAUUCUACAGACUGACUUUCUGUAGCUAGACUUAUAUAUUGGGGAAAAAAAAGGACAUUUUGUAGCAAACGGAAUUCAGUAACAGUAUUGGGGAACAACCAGGAAAACACCCUUCAUCAGAUUGAGUUUGUAUUCCUCACUUCCAGAGUGUCAAUGAGAUAAUCAAAUGGGCAAUAUCAGCCCUGUUUCUAUGCAGCUGAACGCCCUCACGAAAAUCUCUGCCCGCAUCUAUUGCAAAGCAAGUACAGCAAGUGAAUGUGAAAAGCAUUACAUGGAGUAGGUUGUUUUGGAUCUGUUUAGACCUAUGGUUCUGUAUUAUGGUAUGUCACGCUGAGCUGAGCUGAACUGAACUGAAUUGCACUGAUCUUGCCAGUUUAUAAACAAACAAGCAAAAAUAAUAAUUGGCAUGUCUCCUGCUGCACACAGGGUUUAUGCAAGUCAAGAUGAUUUGUACUGAAAUGGCCAAGCACAGUCCUGAGUGAAUUUAGCUUCUCAGCCCAUUAGUAAGGUUUUAAAAAUCAGGUAAACUAGUAGGAAAUCUGAGAGAGGGAAAGAUUUAAUCUCACUGUCAGAUAUUGGGCAGAUAUAAAACAUCAGAGGGGUGCAAUAUUGUGUCACUUGAGGAAACCUUAUUGUUUGGGAGUAAGCUUGUAUGAGUCAUCCUCCAUUCUAUUUGUUACAGGUAAAUAAUUCCUUAUAGGCCAAACUAUAUUGUUACUUUAGUAGCCAGCUGUAAGCAUUUAACAAGGAGACAACUAAUUUAAAUAUAUAUAUAUAUAUAUAUACACACACACACACAAACACACACACACAUAUACACACACACUCGGCGUCUGACUGUAUUAGCAUAAAUUAACCAUGAAGAAAAUCAGAAAUGUCCCAUCAUUAUAAAAUGCAAGCUCUGUAAAAGGCAAGCUGUUUUUUUAUUGUUGUUAUUCAAGACUAUGAAAUCAGCAGCAAAAUCUUCUGCAAUGUACUGCAUUUUCAGGAAAUAGUCCUGGUGAGAGGAACUGUCCAAGGAUAUUAUUUACAUUUGCUAUGAAACAUUUUUAAAAAUAUGGAUUUCAACUGCUGCUGUGAUACGCACUUUUUUUUUUCCUCCAAAAUCCUAUCAUAGCAUUUGAUGGGCAUUCUGAUUGAUACACAAGACUUUUCCACAAUAAUACUGAAGAUGCUAUUUUGUUCCUCCUUGAUAUUCCCUCUAAUCUGGUUACAAGUGCACAGAUGGUUUCAAGGCGGCUCUUGAGAGAACACUACUUAAAGUUCAUGUGAAUUAUGGACAAUGUUCACUUUAAACAAAAAAAAAAAAAAAAGGUUGGGGAGGGGGUUGUUCCUUUGCAGUAUCUGUUCUGUGAAGUUUGUUAAACGUAAAGAAAGCUUAAGUUCUUGUAUCUUUAAAGAAAAUCUUAUUUAACCCUUUUGUGUUCUAGAUUUACUUACACAUGUAGCCUAGAGCUCAGUUUUAGUUUAACAUUGUGAAAAUAUUAAAAGAAUCUUGUAACUUUAUUCUUUUUCCUCCUGCUAAAAAAGAAAUUAAACCAAUCAGAUUAAAGUUUGAAUUCCUUUCUGCCUAUUCCAA